AUGGAACCAGCAGUAACAGAAAGAUCAAUAGAACCAUACAAAAGUGAUAUGUAUGAUCAUAUCACUAUAGUAAAUACAUUGGAACAAUCAGUGGUUGUAUUUAUGAAUUCAGAAUCACCACCAAUAAAAAUCAACAAGGAUCUUUCAACCACCAUCUUUCAGAGUGCUGUUCAACAAAUAGUUGAACCAGGAAAUUCGGCAAACUUUGAGUUACCUCUAGACAACGAAAAGGCCUACAUACAUGUAUUUGUAGCGGUACAAGUCAAUGAAAACGAAGGAAGAGAUCCAAGCCAAUAUAUACAAAUAGCUAAAAAAUAUCUACUAGUAGACACUAGAUUCAAUGUUCUUCCAAAACAUUUGACAUCAGCUCUAGGAAUUACAGACAAACCUCUAUUUAAUAGAAACUUUCAUCUCCUAGUGGAUGGAUCUCAAACCAGUGCAGAAGAGUCUGUUCUAGAUACUCUAAAUGAAUACUCUACUCCUUAUGGUGAUGAAGAAACUCGAGUGUUUUAA